UGUCGCACGCUGCAUCAACAAGACAGCGACUCAUCAAGCUUGUCCCGUAUCUACCAAGUAUCCAUAGCCGCCAUGUCCCAAGCCAUCCUCAACUUCAUCGGCUGGGCAGUCCUACCAAACCUAGCAACCUCAACCAUCCACAACCUCCUCUUCAAAUCACCCCUCAGUCCAAGUUUGCCCGGCACAGUGGGGUAUGCGCGCGAUAGACGGCUCAUCUAUAUCGCCGUUGUCGUUUCCUAUCUCGCCUAUACCGUCUAUCAAGCAACAUCUUCCCUCAGUCCGAAUUACUACACCUUGCUAGGCGUGCAGCCUGGUGAUGUGGAUGAAAAGGUAUUGAGGAGACAAUUCAGGAAACUCUCACAAAUACAUCAUCCAGAUAAAGGCGGUGAUGAAGCGGAAUUCCGUGUGCUUCGACAAGCCUAUGAUGCACUCUCAAAUCCUGUUGUCAAGUUUGGGUAUGAUCGAUUCGGUGCUGCUGCUGCUGGAUGGGAGGAGAAGACAAUGCUUGGCAUGAUGCAGAGUGGUGUGUAUGCAAGUCUUCCGUUUUACGUCGGAUCACUCAUUUUUGUUGUUGGGAUUGGUGCUAUUCAGCAAAACGCAUAUGGCACCUAUUGGCGUGGUUUGUGUCUUGUUGGGCUGGGUUGCAUUCAUGCAUCGCUCGUCUGUGCACAAUCACGCUUUCCAAUCUUUGCGAAAAUCGCAUCGCAUCGUGUUCAAUUCGAGCAUGUCACGAUCCUUCAAUCAUUGCUCGUGACGGUUCUGUCAGCCAUUGCGCAAGUAGGUCCGGUCUUGGUACCGCAAACGCGUCGCGAUGACAGUGAUGAAGCAUGGGAACAGCUCGUUCAAAUGGCUGCAUUGGUGCGUCAAGAAGGAUCCUUGGCGCUACACUUACAAGUUGUUCCUUUCUUGCGGGGGAGUAGUAAGAUGCGUUCCUUGAUGGAGCAAGGAGCACGUUGGAUGAUGCGCGCGAAACUAGACGCUGAGCCGGAAAUCGUCGAUGCAAAAAGACAAGCGAAUCAAGUCCCUGGUGUCGUUGAACAAACGAAGCGUACGUUUCAAGUAUGAUGUCUCGUGAGCGUAUACAAGCGCAUCUCGCAAGGCGCAUAAAAGAAGUGUUCUUGAGGCGGUGCUAAGGGUGUGCUGCU